CAAAGCGAAUAGUGCGAUAAGUUUUCUGCACUUUGUUUUGCUACUCAUAACUUUUAUUUUUUCCCACGAAUAUAUAAAUCGGCUGAAAACGCGGAUUAUAAAACCCAAAGCUCUACACGAUGGACUUCAUUGUGGCUGCCUUUUUAGAUUACUUACGUUGCAGCAGAGAGCAAGAGGAAUUUGCACGCAACUUGGUACUUGAGACUGCAAGAAAGAAAAGGUCGAAAGUGCAAAACCUUCGGCCCCUGAGAGAACUGGCGCUGCAGAAAAUCAUCACCUUCAACAGAGAAACCUGCGCUGAAACAUUGGUGCCUUUUCAGCACUUCCCAAGCACUUUGAGGCUGGAAAUUAUCAAGCGGCUGCAAACUCAGAAUUCAAAGGUUGAAGGAAUCACACCUGACUUCAUGAUUCAGUGGACCGUGGACCUGGUAGGGCGCCUUCUGGACGCCUCCGUCAAGGAGUUUGACUUUGCCACGUUUUCCGACGGAAAAGACCAGGAGCGUGACCUGCGAGUUUGGAGGAUGCUCGUUGAAAGGUGCCCUAACCUGGAGUAUGUCGCAGACACUCGACGGCGCCGCCGUGUCAGAGGGAGGAGCACCGACGAGAACCUUCGAGAUGUGCUGCCCUUUGUACUGCAGCUGCCCAAGCUACGUCACAUUCUCCUCUCCGACUACAUCUGCAAACCAAACGACCUGACGCAAAUCAUUCAAAGGUUUCCGAGCCUCGUCUCACUUGGAUUCUUCUGCAAUGAUGUCCCGACGCUGCAGUCAAAUUUGUUCACCUUGCAGAGCUUGGAGGUGCUGAAAAUUAAGUGGGAUUGCCCAAUUCCAUCAAGUACAAUUAUUUGGCAGGAGCACGAGGCAAAAAGAUGUCAUUGCACUCAAUUGGGAUUGGAGUGUUUGAAACGGCUGCCUCGUCUGCGGUCCAGCACCUUUUGCAUUUAUGGAUGGCCAGGCAAAGAGCCUUGCACCUACCAAUGCCCUAGGCAGCCCCUUCCUCUGGAGCAACUGGAUAUUGCUGGAAGUUUUGACUUGCAACUUGUGCCAUCCCUAAAACAACUGGUGUGGUACGGCGUCGAAUCUCCAAGACCCAUGUCAGCAGUGUCGGCUCCAGCCUUUGCCUACUUGACCAGUCUCCGAGUCCUGAUCACACAUUAUGUGCAAGGGAACUUAAUUGCCGAGGUGCUUCCCUUCUGUGGAGGUCGACUGGAGGAGAUCAAACUGACGGUGUCCGACGACAGCUCACUGGACAUUUGUGACGUUUUCCUGCACUGUCCGUUGCUUCAUAAAUUCCACAUCUACUAUGAAAUUUUCGUCCAAGAACCAAAGCCUUUUAGCCACAACUUGCAAGCCAGUCACUUCCAGAACUUGCAGGAAUUCUUCCUGGACUGGAGGGUUAGCCAUGCCUAUGCGUCCAAGCUGCUGGCCCUCGUCCUCACAGCACCCCACUUGCAGCGUUUUGUCAUGAAGCAAAGUUUCACCUUGAAUGCCGAAGAUUGCGACCGCUUUAGUCAUCUUGUGGUCCAGGAACGAAUCCUGCAGAAACUGGAAACCUUUGUUUUUGGAUCCCAUCGAGAGCAGCCUGCGGAAUUGCUGGAUUUCCUCCGCAUGCUGCCAAUCUAUGCCCCUUGGCUGGAAACGAUGGAGUGCCUUGGAGCCCAUCGUUCGUUCUUGGUUCAAAUGCGAAGAUUGCUUGUGGAAGAAACUCUCAACGCUAUUGACGGUUUCUGUUUCAUCGACUCGCACAAGUUUCAUCGUGAGGAUUACACUGAUGAUUAAUCAACUCAAUUCAAAAACAAUUGAGACUAGACGGAAAUUCAGGCUUAUUUUAUAAAAUAUCAUCUGGAAUACAAUACAAUGUACUAUAAUAAAGUAAAAAAGAUU